GGGAGAGGUCUGUAUGUAAACAGCACAGAUCUCUCCCCUGUCAGCACCAGCAUGCUGCUUUGUAUUGCUCUGCGUAGCAGAGCAAUACAAAGCUGCAUACUUACUAAUAAAGCAGCACACAGCACAGUGUUAACCCACAGUACACAGUACACAGUUAACCCUUUGAUCGCCCCAGAUGUUAACCCCUUCCUGCCCAGUGUCAUUAGUACAGUGUCAGUGCUUUUUAUUAGCACUGAUAACUGUAUUAGUGUCACUGGAGAUGUCAGUGGCAGUUAGUCAGUUCCCCCCAGUGUCAGAAUGCCCGCCGCAGUCCCGCUAUAA